AUGCUUAUCUAUAUAACUUUCCCUUCAAGAAGACCAUCUGAUCAUUCAGCGGUUCAUGAUUCUGAUGAGGCAAGGCCAAAAAUUUCCGACAGAACAUUGGUGGUAAUUUUCAACUGGUACAAUGGAAAAGUUGUAGAAGCCAUAGAUAAGGACAAUGUGCUAUCGCCAUACUGGGAUAAUACCUUAUUUAUAACAUGCCGAGAUGAUAUUCUUUUAAAAUCCUUAUUUUUUUAUGAUAACUUGGCAUUCCCAAAGAUGCAAGAUUAUGAAACUGGAACUACUUUUCUUCCCACAGAUUAUUAUAGUCGGUAUUCCAAGCGAUUUCUUUUCACCAUGUCGCUGGAUGCUCCAAAACAUGUAAAAACCCUGUUUUACCAUCCUGUCGAUCCACUAAUUAUAGUCUCAAAGGAUAAGAAGCUUUUCGCCAUUCAUCCAAAGAAAUCGAUCGAUGCGAACAACUGUUUCGCAUAG